UGCGUAGGGCGGCCAAUGGCUGGUCCCGGGACGCUCCCACUCAGCCGUUUGAAGGGCGGUCCUCGCCAGAAAAAAAGGAAAGUAUGGAUCACAGAGCGGCGGAGUUUCGGUGGGAAGGUAGACGCUCCAAACGCGACUGACCAAGGCUGCAAGCUGAACGGGACGUCGGCCAUCUACGGCAGAGUUGGGCUAAGGAAAGAGGUGUUUCCAGGCAAAGUGGAGGGCUUUAAAACCGCCAACAUGCAGCCAAAAGAGACGGAGUAUUCAACAGAUGGUCUCCCCAAAGCCUUCCUGCACAGCCUGAGAACCCUGUUUGACAUUUUGGACGACGGAGGACGGGGCUAUGUCCACAUUUCGGAGAUCGAGAGCCGCUGGCAGGGCGCAGACACACGGGACCUGCCCAGCGGGGUCCUGGGCUGCCUCAGGCGCGUCACCCCACCACAUGGCUGCCUCACCUUUGAGCGGUUCGUGGCGGGGCUGCGGUACUCCAUGCUGAACCCGGAGAACAGCUCCCACUUCAAGGCCCAGGCUGCCGUGCACCCGCAGCAGGCAGCAAAGCCGCCCCAGAAACCCGCCCCGCUGUCCACGUGCAGUGUUGGGACUCGGGUUGAGAACAAGGUCCGUCCGCUGGGACCGAGCAACGUCACCAACACCCAACAGCACCGGUCCCGGGCCAGACCGGACCAGGGAACCGGGUUCCCCGAGUGUGGACCGGCACCGUACAGCGCGGGGUUCGAGAAGUCCGGGCGGAGUUUGGAGCGGAGUUCAGUCGCUCCGGGGGGCGGGUGUUACCGGGCCGAGCCGGGCCAGGUCGCCAAAGCAGCACAGCCCCAGCAGAGCCGGGUCAGGUCCAUUGAGUCGCUUGCUCUGGAGUCACCGCAGCUUCACAGACCAAGUGUUGUGAAAUCAGGUUUACCAAGAUCUCAGAGCGAGUCGGCAACAGGAUUUACUGGCGGCUCCAGACGACACGGGCGGAGUCGGGAAGAGCAGAGGCGGCACACCAUAUCCAACGGAGUGGAUUAUGGAAUGUUGAAGCAAAUGAAAGAGCUGGAGCAGGAGAAGGACUCGCUGCUGGCGGGCCUGGAAGUGGUGGAGCGGGCCCGAGACUGGUACCAGGGCCAAAUCCACAAUGUCACAGAGAGACAGCGGCAGGUCGGCCAGAGCUCCCACUGCACGGAUUUCUUCACAGAAGCCACUCAGAGUCGCAUGAAUGUUCUAAUACCCAAACUGCAAGAGGUCAACCGCUGCCUUAAUGACCUGAUAUCCUGCACCGGGAUGCAGUCAUUUCCUUCUGCUGCUCAGACUGCAGCGCUGUCAACUAACUCCCAGCCUCCAGCUCCAGCACCUCCACAAGCCAUCCAGAGACUGAAGGACCAGAACCGACUCCUCACACAGGAGGUGACGGACAAGAGCGAGCGGAUCGCCCAGCUGGAGCAGGAGAAGUCGGCCUUGAUAAAACAGCUUUUUGAGGCUCGGGCCCGCAGUGCACAAGACACCAGCACCAUGGACUCCACCUUCAUCUGAGAACAAUUACACUCCACGCAACACCACAACAUCACCGCGUUUCAGCCAGGAAUCGUCAACACUGGCCUGGAGCAAAACUUCCUAAAGACUGAAGCUGAUUGUUGUUUACCCACACCUGUAGCAGUGAUGCACCUUUAGCUGUGACUCACCAACACCCUCAACUGCAGGAGCAUGUGACCACUCCACCCCAAAACAAACCACGCACUACCUAGAUGUGAACACUCCGAGGAAUACCUGAUCUGAACGACUUGACCCGAGAGUCAGAAGACUCUCUUACUUUGCUGCCUUCACAUUUCCUGCAUAAACGAGCUGAAAAGACUGGAACACUUUCAAGAAACCACUCGGGUCUCAUGAGAUCCCAUCGAUCCAUUCCUUGCAGGAUUACGGCAUCUGCAAGAUCUCCACUCCCACUCCCAAAAGACUUGUGCUUUUCACUUCUGCCACUUGACUGCACAGGCAACAGAAAAAAAACAUGAAUUUUAACUUAGUGGUCCAGAAAGGACGAGGGUGGCUGGUAUUUGUUGGAAUAUAAUGCCAUAUUCUUACAGUUUUGUACUCUAAAAAAAAAAUCAUCAGCUGCAUCUGCUUGCUGUGACCUAUCAAUUAUAUUUUUGUUUAAAUCUUUUAAGUUUGGUACUUUGAUCUAAACGAUAACAAGAUCCACUUUGCUCGUGUCUUUUAGCAUUUCCUUUAUAUAAAUGAAUAAUAUGUUUACCUGACAUUCAGCGUUCUUUUAGAGUGUUUUAAACACGGAAAGAGAGGAAUUACUAUAAAGAGCAGCUUUUAUAUUACAGUAUAUUAACACGUUUAAUGUUAAGACCUUUGAGAGAGAUGUGUUUUUUUAAGAUUGAUUUUAAAAAGAAAAAAGAGAGAGAAAGAGACGGGAGGACAACCUACAAGCCAUCGUCAUGUGAGGGCAGAGACGAAUGAGAGAAGUUUGAAAGUUUGCAUGUAGGAGAGAGCGGCGGAGGGUAAACACGGUAGAUGGUGCAUGUCGGAGCUCGAGCUCCUUGGUUGGGAGAUCUUCUGAUGUCAUGUCAGGAAAAAAAUAAUCACUUUGGCUCUCUAGUGCCACAUCCCCUGUAUGUCUUAUUACAGUGGAUUCUUUGCAUGGGUCAUGUUUUCAGCUGCAAAGUAUUUAUCUGAAGAGAUUUCUGUUUGAGAUUAAAUGGUAGCACAGAUAUAAUUUUGUCCUCGCAAGUUUGCUUUAGACUAAAACUGUAAAAACGUUCAGCCAGCCGUAAGUUUACAAGAAAAAAAAUGUUUAGUUAGUGGGUGGCGGUAGAAGGAAAAACACACAGUAGUUCUAAAAUGGAUCUGUAUGGUACUGCUGGGAUGACUGCACUUAACAUAUUGUUUAUGUCCGUUUCCCGCUUGUUUGAAUGUAUUGUUUGUUGCUGCUCGAGCUACAUUAUGUGCGAGUGAAACUCUUUCCCUUCUGCUUCCUAUCGAGAGUACUCAAACAUGAGAUCAAAUAUAAAAAUAAUAAAUACGACCAAACAAAUACUGA